GUCUCACUCCAAUGACCAAAGCGAUCAGCAGAAAGUGGGACAUCGGCCUUAUACAAGAUCUUUGCAGCACCAAAGCAGUCAAGCAGAGUAAUUACAUUACUUUAUUAUUAAACUCCUUGGCUGUUGUUGUAGGCUAUUUGCCCAGUAAUAAGUUUUAAUGCAGUUUAAAAGGAACAUUGUGUCAGGGUUAUAAUCAUUUUUAUAAGCUUAAAAAGAUCCGGGGCUUUUGAAGUGACAUUCGGGGCUUCAGUCCCAAAAGCCGCCGCCGCCGCCGCUGACCCCGAGCGGAUCUGGACAGCGACUGCGCCUUUCAGAGUCAGACGUUACGGUCUGGACCUCUGCCGGAUCUAAACGCAUGUCUGAGAGUGUCCAGCGGAUCUGCCCCGAAAUCUUCUCCCGGAAAACUGUUCUGCUUCGGAUUCACACAAUAGUAAAAGAGAAGAUGAUCUGCUGGAUCCUGCAGCUCAUCAUCCUGACCUCCUGUGUCUGUGCAGGAGCAUUUGUAGUGACAGUGACACAGAGCUCCUAUCAGGCAGAGGAGAAGCACAACGUCACACUGGAAUGGAGGUUCACACCCAAACCUGACAGCUCCUCCAACUCCCUUUAUAUCUACUGUGAACUGAUCACUGAUCACAAAGGCUCAGUCCUGUAUCAUCUACAGGAGGGUGUUGAGGUCCCAGAGUCUCAGGAUGAACAGUUUUCAGGACGAGUCCAGUGCAACAAAGACGUCCUCAGAGACGGACAAAUCAGACUCCACGUGUCCAGUCUCAGGACUGAGGACUCAGGCCUGUACCGGUGUGAUGUGAGGACAGAUUAUGGUGUGAGCAAUGACAAAUGUCAACUCACUGUCAUCGCAGCUGCUGAUCCCCCCAAACCUCACAGACCAACUGUGAGCCCACAACCAGAGAGUCGGGGAAGGAUUGGUCUCUAUGCUGGACUGGGACUGGGACUGGGACUGGCAGCAGCUCUACUGGUCAAAUUCUGCUUUGCCUCAAGAGCAGAGAGAGACAGAGAGAGACAGAGAGAGAGAGAGAGAGAGAAAGUAAGUCACCUCCCUCAGUCAGAAACUUGUGUUUGUCUCUGUUCAGAUCUGCUGAUGAUGAAGUAAACCUCAGUUCAGUGGAAUCAAAGUGAAGUUACUCAGGGAGCAGACUUCUCUCUGUCCCUGCUUCCUCUCAUCCUGUUGAUCCAUGAGGCUGCUUUUCCCUGCAGACCCAGUCAGACCUUUGACCUUUCACCUCUCUCACUGUCUUCAUGCACUGAGACAGAGAGACAGACAGAGGGGGUGGGGUCACCUGAUUAGGGGAACUUUACCUGACUGAGGACCUCUCCUCUCUGGUUCAGAGAUGGUUGAGCUUCAUGAUGUCCACAUGUAUCUAGAUUACAAACUGGACUGGUCCAAAAAUGUGGACACUAUAUACAAAAAGGGCCAGAGCCGUCUCUAUUUUCUGAGACAGCUAAUGUCCUUUAACAUCUGCCGGACGAUGCUGUGGAUGUUCUAUGAGUCUGUGGUGGCCAGUGCCAUCCUGUAUGCUGUUGUCUGCUGGGGCAGCAGUCUGAGGGUAAAGGACACUAACAGACUCAAUAAGAUCAUCAGGAAGGCCAGCUGUGUUGUGGGGGACGGACUGGACUCACUGAAUACAGUAUUGGAGAGGACAAUGUUGUCCAAAGUUAGGACAAUAUUGGACUCUCCUUCACACUUUCUCCACCAUGUGCUGAUUAGUCACAGAAGCUCGUUCAGCAACAGACUCAUUGUUCCACGCUGCACAACAGAGAGACACAGGAAAUCAUUCCUAUCUGUAGAAAUCAAACUGUAUAACUCUGAACUCUAUCACAGACUCAUGUAUACUGUGUAUACUUCAUUAUUAAACCUUUAAACCACAUACCUCAUGUACAUAAUGCCAAUAUCAAGAUGUCUUUGUUUUUCUAUUUUUUAUAUUGUUCUGUUUGACAGUGGAAUAUAUGUAUAUCUUAAGGAGGGUAUUGCAAUAUUUUUACUUUUAUUUUCAUAUAUUUAUACUUUUUUCACUUCAUUUUAUCGUAUUUGUUUCAGAAACAUUUUUUCUCUUCUCUUGGUGUACACAUUCUCUGUGCAACUCUUCUUCUUGUUCUUCAUUUUCAAUGGGGAGUUUGUACGUAACCAAAGAAUUUCCCUACGGGGAUUAAUAACGUUUUUCUGUUUGGAGACUGAUUAGAGACCAGUCGUCCUGCACUUUAUGUCGAUUGUUUCCAAGGUUGUAGGAGCCAUGAAUGUAUUAUGUAUUUUUGCUAGUAGUAAAGUUAAGAGAUAUUGUAUUUUUUUUGUUUAUUACGAUAUUGUUCAUGUGAUCAUGUUGAUUGGGGGGAUAGCGGGUCACAUGGUUAUGGGCGUGUACAUUAGUUGAUAUCACCUGUUGGACCUUCUUUUGUUUGAGAGACAGACAGCGGGUGGGACGCCGUAUUUUCUGUUGACCGUUAAUUUUCUUUGAUCACAGAUUAUUUUGGUUAUAUUUUAGAGCACGUUCUCAUGAGUUGAUUAUCUUUUGUUUGUUAAUAAACUGUUAAAUU